UUCAGAUGGAAUGGAACCAAUGGAGUUUGUUGAAAAUGUAGGACAAUGUCUGCUUUGACUGCUCUUCUGUACGCAUCAUGAAACUUUCAGGUCAUGCUGUGGCUAUGUCGGGCAUGUCUAUAUUCAAGUUCUAGUAUGUUGUCGGCGGGUAUUUGGACCAAAUCGAGGAAAAGCAAAACUCAUCAAAACAAAUAGAGUCGUUUGUCCCGACAGGUCCGUCAGUCGAGGAGUGGAUUAAUAAGAGUGAUGCUUGAGAAGAAUUUGCAAUCUAACUGUGAGGAUUUUGGGGAAAGCCGAAGAGCUUCUGCCUCAGGUGUUGAAACUCCAGUGGCCUUCAUGGAGUGGCCCAUGUAGGGCUUUUCAAGACUCACAGCUGUCAUCAUGAGGACUAACAAAGUGUAUAAACUUGUCAUCCACAAGAAAGGGUUUGGGGGAAGCGAUGAUGAAUUAAUGGUAAACCCCAAGGUAUUUCCUCAGAUCAUUCUUGGAGAUAUUGUUGAGAUUGCCCACCCUAAUGAUGAAUACAGCCCUCUACUGCUGCAGGUCAAGUCCCUUAAAGAAGACCUCCAGAAGGAAACAAUAAGUGUGGAUCAGACAGUGGCUCAGGUGUUCAAACUGAGAGCAUAUCAAGAUGUUUAUGUCAAUAUUGUUGACCCAAAGGAUGUAACUCUUGAUCUUGUGGAACUAACAUUCAAAGACCAGUACAUUGGCAGGGGGGAUAUGUGGCGGCUGAAAAGAAGCCUGGUCAGCACAUGUGCCUAUGUUACUCAGAAGGUUGAGUUUGCUGGCAUUAGAGCACAAGCCAGUGAGCUAUGGGUUCGAGGUGAGAAGGUGACUUGUGGAUACAUCAGUGAAGACACCAGGGUGGUGUUCCGCUCCACAUCUGCCAUGGUUUAUAUCUUUAUUCAGAUGAGCUGUGAGAUGUGGGACUUUGAUAUUUAUGGUGAUCUGUACUUUGAAAAAGCUGUGAAUGGUUUCCUCUCUGACCUAUUUGCCAAAUGGAAGGAAAAAAACUGCAGCCAUGAGGUGACAGUUGUUCUUUUCUCCAGAACCUUUUAUGAAGCAAAAACUUUAGAUGAAUUCCCAGAAACCAACCGUUCUUCUAUCCGCCAGGACCAUGAAGGAAGAUUCUAUGAAGAUUUCUAUAGAGUUGUAGCUCAGAACGAGAGACGAGAGGAAUGGACAACUUUGCUGGUGACAAUUAAAAAGCUCUUCAUCCAGUAUCCAGUUUUGGUGCGACUACAGGGAGCAGAUGGGUUCCCCAGUGCCCAUAACUCUACAGCAGCACAGGGAAACUACCUGGAGGCCAUCAACCUUUCCUUCAAUGUAUUUGACAAGCACUAUGUCAAUCGAAACUUUGAUCGUACUGGCCAGAUGUCAGUAGUAAUCACUCCAGGAGUUGGGGUAUUUGAAGUGGAUCGGUUGCUUAUGAUUCUUACAAAACAGCGCAUGAUUGACAAUGGCAUCGGUGUUGAUCUUGUUUGCAUGGGAGAGCAGCCAUUGCAUGCUGUUCCACUUUUUAAGUUGCAUAACUGGACCACUGCUGGGGACUCUCGUUUGGGAGAUGAUUACAAUUUACCCCACUGGAUCAAUCACAGCUUUUAUCCGUCUAAGAGUCAGCAGACCUGCAAUUACUUCACACCAAGAAUUAAGCUUGCUGGGAAAAAGAUUCCUACUGAGAAAAGCAGGAGCAACAGGGAGCAAGCUAUAGGUGCACCAAAAGAGUCGGAGAACAGUCUUCCCAUCCAGGUAGAUUAUGAAGCAUAUGAUGCUCAGGUCUUUCGGCUGCCUGGCCCUUCACGGGCUCAGAGGAGCACAAAUUUUAGGGUUGUGAGAGAGCGCGAGUCCAGUGUCAGAAAAAGUUCAAGCUCCUGUGAUGCGUCGAGCAGCCCACCUCAACAGUACCGUGGCCUGCCACUGGAGGAAGUGCGAAGCCAGGCCUCUGACGACAGUAUUGGAAGGUCCUCUCACAUUCUGCUUAUUCCUCGCAUGCACCAACAUCAGUAUGAAGUGAGCAGCUCACUUGGUUACACCAGCACAAGAGAGCUUUUAGAGAAAAUGAUGGACUCUCAGAGGGAUUCUAGUGCUCCUGGCCGUUUCCAUGUGGGUAGUGCCGAAUCAAUGCUGCACAUCCGCCCUGGAGGCUACACACCUCAGAGGGCCCUCAUUAACCCAUUUGCACCAUCACGCAUGCCCAUGAAGCUGACCUCCAACCGGAGACGCUGGAUGCACACCUUCCCAGUAGGACCUUCUGGAGAAGCCAUCCAGAUUCAUCAUCAGACGAGACAGAACAUGGCUGAGCUGCAGGGCAGCAGUCUGAGGGAUACCACCCAUUCAUCUGCUGAACUUCUAGAGUUGGCCUACCAUGAAGCAACUGGAAGAAAGACCAUGGCCCGCCAACAGGAGAAUGGGGCACACUUGGCCUGUAAUGGAACAGAUGAUUUUGCUACUAGCCCAGCCAGCAGUAACAGCACGGGCACCCCAGUAAACAAAGGCUCUACAUUUGAAGACUCUACGACAAGCAGCCCUGAUCCGAUUUUGACGCUGUCUGCUCCCCCCAUAGUGCCAAGUUUCUGUUGCACAGUGGGAGUGGACUGGAAGUCCCUUACUACUCCAGCCUGUCUUCCGUUGACUACCGAUUACUUCCCAGAUAAACAGAGCUUGCAGAAUGAUUACACAGAGGGCAACUACAACCUUCUGCCAGAGGCAGACUUAGACAGGAGGGAUGAAGAAGGGGCUCAGAUGACAGCUCAGCAAGUCUUUGAGGAGUUUAUUUGCCAGCGUCUCAUGCAAGGUUAUCAGAUUAUUGUGCAGCCAAAGAAUAAGAAGUCGGUACUUUCUGGGCAGCCACCCUUGAGUAGCAGCCCACUUUACUCUCGAGGGCUGGUUUCCAGGAACAAACCUGAAGAAGAUGAAGAUCAGUACUGGCUAAGUAUGGGACGCACAUUCCAUAAGGUCUGUCUGAAGGACAAGAUCAUCACUGUCACUCGUUACCUUCCAAAAUAUCCAUACGAGUCUGCUCAGAUUCAGUAUAGCUACAGUCUUUGUCCAUCACAUGUGAAUGCUGAAUUUCUUUCCUGCUGGGUGGAGUUUUCACAUGAGCGUCUGGAAGAUUAUAAGUGGAACUACCUGGACCAGUACAUCUGCUCUGCUGGCUCUGAGGAUUUCAGCCUUAUUGAUUCUCUGAAGUUUUGGCGAACUCGUUUCCUACUACUGCCUGCCUGUAUCACUGCUACUAAGAGAAUCAUGGAGGGUGAGGCACACUGUGACAUAUAUGGUGAAAAGAUGCGCAAUGAUGAAGAAGAGUGGCAGUUGCUUGAUGGCUUCAUUCGCUUUGUAGAAGGCCUGAAUCGCAUUCGCAGACGACAUCGUUCUGAUAGGUUGAUCCGAAAAGGAGGUCCGGUCAAAGGGCUACAGGUGACAGGCUCGAUUUCUUCAUACCCUUCUGAGCCCACUGGUCCACCACUUGCAAAAAAGGGUACGUCUGCUUUGUCUGCACUGCUGGAAAUGGAGGCCAAUCAGAAAAACAUUGAAGAACAGCAGGCCACAGUCCAGGCUGUGAAGAAUGCAACCCAACUUAGUGGUGAGGCCAUGACCCCCGUUUACAUGGACAGCCCCAGGAAGGAUGGGGCUGUCUUUCUGGAGUUUGUCCGCAGUCCUCGCAGUUCGUCUCUCUACCAUCCUCAGAUCCCUAUGGAGCAGCCUGCAACAGUUCUUGCCCUGGAGAGUGGAACUAUGGAUCGAGGAGGUCAAGUCCCUUCUGGGGAGAGGAACAAUACUGUGCUAAUGGCCCAACCAUCUGCCUCCGUUGUCUCACAGAACACUGCAGAACCAGCUUCAACAUGGUCAUCCAUCUCAGAUGCCAGUGCUCUGCAGUCUUCAGGCUCAUCCAGCUUACUCACAUCCUCUUCUUCUCUUUCGGAGAUCCUCGAAGCCAUGAAGCACCCAAACACUGGAGUCCAGUUGCUCCCUGAACAGAAGGGUCUACCUUCCAACUGUUUCAUCAGUGCAGAGGUUGUCCACUGGCUGGUCAAUAGUGUGGAGGGUAUUCAUACUCAGGCCAUGGCGGUUGACAUCAUGCAGAAAAUGCUGGAUGAGCAGUUGAUAGUUCAUGCAUCUGGAGAGGCCAUGAGGAUCUUUGUCUAUGGGUUUUACUUCUACCGCAUUGCUGGAGAUCGGGACCUUGACCGAGGUCAAGGAAGCCAGCAGCCACCAAUCUGGCAUACAGCUGCUGUGGAAGACUUUGGUCUGUUUCAGCGGAAGUGGUUUGAGGUGGCUUUUGUCAUGGAGGAACGACCACACUCGGAUAUUCCUGUCUUCUUCCUACCCUGGCUACCCAGCCGGCCAGCGUCCUAUGCAAGUAGGCACAGCUCGUUCAGUCGCAGUUUCGGAGGACGGAGCCAAGCUGCAGCUUUAUUAGCUGCUACAGUGCCCGACCAGAAGACAGUGACUUUGGAUGUUGAUGUAAAUAAUCGCAGUGAUCGGGUGGAGUGGUGCAGCUGCUAUUAUCAUGGCAACUUCUCUCUGACAGCAGCCUUUGAGAUUAAGUUGCACUGGAUGGCUGUCACUGCUGCUGUCCUGUUUGAAAUGGUCCAGGGCUGGCACCGCAAGGCCACAUCGUGUGGGUUCCUCCUGGCCCCUGUUUUAGAAGUGCCUUUCGCCUUGCCUAGCUAUCUGUAUGGAGACCCACUGAGAGCACAACUCUUCAUCCCUCUCAGUGUUACCUGCUUACUGAAGGAGGGCAGUGAACACCUUUUUGACAAUUUUGACCCUGAGUCGUAUCUUGACAGAAUGCAGCUUUUUCAGGAGGCAAUUCUCAACAGGUUUGGGUUCAUUCAGGACAAAUAUUCUGCCUCUACCUUUAACUUCCCCUCUGAGAACAAGCCUCAGUACAUCCAUGUCACAGGCACAGUUUUCCUCCAGCUUCCCUACUCCAAGCGAAAGUUCUCUACAGGACAGCAGAGACGCAGGCGCAACUCCACCAGCUCUUCUACUCAGAGCCUCUUUGGGGAGGAGAAGAUUGGCUAUAACUGGGCAUACAACACAAUGCUGACUAAGGUGUGGCGCUCUAGCGCUACGGGUGAUGAGAAGUUUGCAGACCGCCUGUUAAAGGACUUUACUGAGUUCUGCAGCAACAAGGACAAUAGACUAGUGUUGUACUGGGAAAACUGUCUUGAAAAAAUGACUUCCAGUGCUCCAUGAUGAAGCAAGCUGGAUCACUUUAAGAAACUGAAUGAUAUGUGUUAGUUAGUAUGCUUCUCCAGGUGAGAAGGAGCCCCAAAAAAUACCUCUUUAAAGAUAGUGAGUUUGAAGAAAUAGUACAAUUAGUUGUGUGGCUCCAUAACCAGCUUUAAUGGCCAAUUUCAUGUACAUAGCUACUGUGGGCUUGGCUGAAGAAUUUUAAUAUUGCCUGGCUUUGUGCCCUUUUGGGACACACUCCCUGGCUGGAGCACCAGUUGGUGGGCCCUGCUCACUACAGCAAUGCUAGACACUGGUGGGAUUUAUUUAUAUGAAUUUUUACCCCUUAUGAGUGACAACCCAGAAACUUUGUCUCAUAUCCAGUGUCUUGUGCACAUACCCUAAAUGAGUAGGAACUCAACAAUUUUAUCAAAAAGGAAAAAAUGGUACAACUUUUUUUUUUCUUCUUCUUCCCAUAGCCCCCAGUACCACCUAUCACAUCUCACACACACCCCAACUUUACUCCUGGGCAUGGUAAGCUAAAUCACUAACAGGUAUUUAAAGCAUUUGACUGUGAGCCGAUGUGAGCCACCUUGUCUACUUACAGUGUGGUGAGUGUUCUUACAGAUCUAGCUGGUGGUUUGGGAAUAAGGACGUUUGGUGGUCCUUUAGUUGUAAAGCUUUGUGUAGUUACUUCCAGUUUGAAUGCAACAGCUGAACUGGCUUUGUACUAGUAUAGGGCUAGGGUGGUACCUGGAAUCCUGCCUGUAUAUUCCAUCUUCAAAUCUUUGCAUGUGAAUGAUGUGUCAAGAAAAAUAUAUAUUUUUAAACCGAAGAGUGGAAAGUCCUUUUUUUUUCCCUUCUAGUCAUUUACUAUCUUGUAAAAAAACAUUUUGGAAGACCUUAACAUGUUAAACGAGUAUUUUGAAGCAGGUGGGGGGUGGAGUUCUACAGCACUAUUGUUCACUCAGUGUUAAUUAUUGUGUUUUCUUUUUGUGUUUACUCUUCUUGUUAAAUAAGCAUACCAUAACAUUGUGAAACAUGCUUAAUCCAAUUGUGGGUCACGAGGGUUAAACAAGCAGCAAAAACAAAAAGCAUGCCUUCCCAAAACUGCCCUGCCCACCACACCCCAG